AUGUCGUACGGUGGAGACCGCGAUCGCCCUGGCCGCGAUGACCGCGACCGCAAGCCCUUUGACGACCGCUACAUGGACACGCGCCGUGAUUUUGACCGCCGUGAUGAUCGCCGUGAUUUUGACCGCCGCGAUGAUCGUCGUGACGACCGCCGCGACGACCGCCGUGAUUUUGACCGCCGUGAUGAUCGUCGCGAUAGCUACCGCCGUGAUGAUCGCCGUGAUGACUAUCGGCGCCGUUCCCCAGAUCGCCGUGACGACUAUCGUCGCCGCUCGCCCGAGCGUCGUGAUGACUAUCGUGGUGGACGUCGUGAUGAUUAUCGCGGUGGUCGUGAUGACUACCGUGGCGGCCGUGAUGGCUAUCGUGGUGGCCGCGACGACUACCGUGGACGUCGCGACGACUUUCGCCGCCGCUCACCGGAACGCCCCCGCGCCCCCCCGCGCCGUGGCCCACCUCAAGACUGGGAAAUCGAUCCCAAGGACAUGCCAGCGGAGGAUCGCACCCGUGAGGAGUUGCAGCUUCAAGAUCGCGAGGUUGCCUUUGUAAUUGGCACGGGUGGCUCCACCAAGCGCAAGAUUGCCCGCGCUGCCAACUGCCGCAUGGACAUGUUCAAUGAGGGCCGUCUCGAGUUUAGUGGCAAGCCUACAAACUGCCGACGUGCAUUGGAAUAUGUGCAACUUGUGCUGAAGCAGCGCCAUGGUGUUGUUCACAUUGACUUUGCCGAGGACCGGGAGGAUCUGACUGCUGUGGACGUGCCCAAGGAGUGCGUGGCCUACGUGACGGGUCGUGGCGGCAUUGCAUUGCGCACGAUUGAGGACGAGUGGGGCACGCUCAUGUUUUUUGCAAAGGACAAGGGCGAGGAUCCUCAUUCACCCAAGGACACAGAGAAACUUGCCAUCUUUGGUACCCCCCGUGCCCGCUGUGGUGCCGAGCUGAAGGUUCUCUCGGCUGUUGAAUUCAAGUCACCUGGCUUUUUCUUGGAUGGCACCACCCCACGUGCCGAAAUGAGCUGGUACGAUGACUACAACGGUGAUUUUGGCGUUGAGACCAUGGUGCUGGGCGAGAGCGACUACUCGUAUGCUUUGGGCAAGCGCGGCGCGACCCGUCGCAAGCUGGCAACUGCAGCGGGCUGCAUCCUCGAAUACAUUGGCCGCGUGGCCUUCUUCGCAGGCUCGCGCAGUCAACGGGAGCGUGCUCGUGACUACCUGUCCUGGCUGCUGCUGCAGCGCACGUCGCGUGUCAAGAUCGAUGAAACGACGCGUGAUGACCUUACUGUCUUGGUCGUUCCGACUGAGACCGUUGGCUUUUUGACGGGUGCGCAUGGCCGCAACUUGCGCGAGGUGGAGCUGGAGACGGGUACAUUCUGCUUCGCAGACGGCGACAAGGCCGUGCAGCAUGCCAAUGAGAACAUUUACAUCUUCUGCCAUGACCCGGAGGCACGCGCCGAAGCCAAGCGCAUGCUUGAGGCUCGCGUGGAAAUCAAGAUUGGCCGUGAUCGUCGCGAUGACCGUGAGCGCGAGCGCAGCCGUGAACGGGAAUCGACUCGCAUGGACGAGCGUGAUGAUGAUCGUCGCUCCAGCCGUCGUGAUGAGGACGAGGAUGACGACAGCGAGCGUCGCCGUGGCGAGGACGAUUAAGUUCAGGGACCCCGGGUUUCGGCCCCUAUCCUUGAGGGACACGACUCGUUGCAUUUUUUCUGUUCUGUUUUGUUGUAGCCUGGCGCUGACCCAAUUGUUCGUUUUCUUGCCGAGUUGUCUCAGUUUUUUUUCUUUCCUUUUCUUUCUUUUUUAUGUGUGAUGGAUGGGCAGCUGUUUCGGAUCCGAAUGCUUGAUGUUUAAUGCGGUUCCAGGACUUGACUGUGAUACUGCAAAUGGCUUUGACCAAUGCCCAAUUGAGUGUGGAAAGGC